AUGUCACUGUGGUCGACCGCACAACCGACGUCGUACUCGUAUGCCUCCCCGGGAUGCACCUCGCCCUUCUCACGUCUCCCACCCGAAAUCAUCUCCCUUAUAGCCGAACAAGUCAAAGAGGUCACUAUACACUGGGGCUACGAGCAUCCUCCCUUCAACUUUCGCUGGCCAGGCGCGAGCUCCCGUAGUCUAUACCACGAAAACUCCACCCUCGUCAACUGCUGCUUCGUUUCAAAACAGUUUUAUGCGCAUUUUCGACCGCACAUUUAUACUGCUAUAUGUGAUGAGACACCGAUGGGUGGUGAGGAGGGGGAUAGGAGUUUGACUGGGACGAAGUUUUUGAAGAAGGUGUAUAGGUUGUUGGAGAGGGAGCCGAAGGUGGGGGAGUGGGUGCAUGAUUUCAAGCUGUGUUUAAGGGAACCGAGGGCGGAGGGUUUGGAUUUGGAUAAUGCAAGAAGAGUCUUUUCGUGGGCGGAGUGGGUAGCGGAGGACCGGAUGCUCGCCUACGUCCUCAACCGCCUAACGAAACUACGCGAAUUCCACCUCUUCGUCGCGCCCAUGCCUCCGAUUAGUUUUUGCGAUUUCAGUGAACCGCUGAAAGAGGCGUUUGGGAGGGUGUUUAGGUUGAAGACGUUGAGGCAUGUGGAUAUUAGGUGUGUUACCUUGCCCCCUGCGUUGGUGUUUUCGGCGCCGGGGCUUGUGCAGGCGAAUUUGUGGUUUGAUGUGGAUAGUAGUGGGAGGAGGUGGAGAUCGCUUUUGGAGAGUGAGAAGGAGUUUUUGGGUGGGGAUGAGGAGGAAGUGCAGGUGGCUAGGCCUAAUUUGACGGGCUUUGGGUCGGACGAUCAUUUGACGCUCGUACCGGACCACUGUAUGAACAAGUUCCCGGCAUCGUUUGGGAGGCUGAGGCAGUUGGAUAUACGGGGUGUGUUCCCCGAGUUGGGCCGCAUACAGAAGUUCUUGGACAAGUCUGCAAAGACUUUGGAAGACGUCGAGGUCAUCGUUUCUGGCAGUCUACGGCGAGUUCAAGAUGUCCAAUCGAUGACUACUACCCUCGACUUUGGGAAGCUCGAGAGACUCAAGAAAUUGAGUCUCUCCUUCCAUAGUGUACCCGUCAGACUCAUGCCCGCCGUCUCCUCGAUGCUAGCCACUUUACAAGACAUCACCACCGUCGACAACUUCAGACUCGCCAUCACCUGGUCAUGUUCGAGUCUCAAUGCGCAGGCCUUUGAUAUUACCCCUCUCCUGCGAGUCAUUGACGACGGGUUGGCCGCGUUGGCGGAAAAGGCUAGGGCGAGGUGCAGGACGCCUGUGAGGGUUGCGAUGGAUUGUGGGGAUUUCUGUGAUAGAGACGCGUGUAUGCUGCAUCUGGCGUUGUUGCGGGUGUAUGACGAGGUGGACAAGUGGUUCCCGAAACUUGGGGAGACAGGCAAGUUUGAAUUUGAUGUAAUUUGGAGGAAUUGA